AUGACUUCUUAUCUCUACUCCCCGCAAGACUACUUGGACAACUUUGAUAGUCCCCAUACAAAGCUUCUUCACCAAAGCGGUGACUCCCACCAGGUCGCAUUAUCUCUCAAAGAAAGAUACAAAGCUUUUCCAGAAGCAGAUGUCUUGAACCUGGCAUCUGUUAUAGCAGACCUGAGAAAAGCAUCUUCUGACUCGAGUCCGCAUAGAGCAGCUGAGAACCUGCAUAGUAUGAUCAGGAGUGUUACGGAGGUAACUGCUUCUUUCCACACGAAAGACUAUUCCUUAUCUUCGGACACGGUCGGUAUUUCGAUAGAUGACCUCGCGGCUCACUCUAUGCGUGAUGCAAUCCAGUGGUGGGCACACUGGGACAGGUCUAUGGUGGAUGACUACUGGAAACACAUAUACAUUGCGUUUUCCACCAUCCCAGAAGACGUCGCCAUUCCCCCGCAGCAUUUGUUGGAUGGAGAGUUUCGUCUUCUGGGAAAUUCUCUUGCUGAAAUGUUGGAUGGUCUUCGAAAAGAGAAUGUUUCUGCAGACAUUAUAGCCUUUAUGGAAAAAUGUCUUCUACAACAAUACCUUGUUCAAUAUCUUGACAAGAAGGAUCCCAAAUUCAGCAAGACAAUUCGAUCUGAUUCUGAAUGUCGAGCUAGAUGGCGAGAUAUUAUGGCGAACACAUAUGGCUCUACUGCUACCCUCAUGGCUGCGAAUAAGUCAAAGUCGCCUGGCCUUUUCGAUACUGCUUCACAGAUGACAAUCACUAUGGAUACCCUGGCCAUGGAACUAGUAAGCAAUUCGCUUAUUCCGGCUACGGUGAAUUCUCAAGAGUACCGCCAGUGUCUAGAGCCCGAAUUCAGAGGUGUCUACUUGAAGUACAUGAAUCUUCUCCACAUGAUUCCGACUGCGCCACUUCUAAGUCGAUACGUGUCUUCUGGCUUGCACUUUAUUCCCGGCAUGGAUGGCGCGCGGGAGAGAAAGAAAAAAGUCCGGUUCCCCAUGUCGGUCUCGUUGCGGAAUAAAGUCCGUUCCUAUAGUCAAUAA